GCACCCGCUGCGCGAGAGACGGCACCACGAGAGUCGGGCUGCCCUGCCUGCGGUACCAAAAAAACGAGAGCAGCCAGGCCACGAAUGGCCUCGACCACUUCGGUCCCGGGCGGCAAGCAGCCCUGCUCCGGCAGCCUGUGGCCGCCCGGGCGCGCGCCGCGGCCGACGGCCGACGGCAUCGUGUGCGUGUUGCAAAAUCGGCCGGCCUCCGCGGACUCCCGCGUGCGCUUCACGGCCGUGGCCGUCGACGCGGGCGCGCGCGUGGCCGCGGGCGACGAGCGCGGCGCGCUCGUCGUCGUGGACGCGGCGCGGAACCGGUUCGAGCGCGUCGCGACGCUGGACGCGCGGGCGACGGCGCUGGCGUGGGUCGGCGACCGAGUCGCGUGCGCCGUCUGCCACCCGCGGGCUCCGCGGCUCGUCGCCGUCGACGCGGCGACGGGAACUCUCUCCGAGGUCGCCGCCGCGCACGCCCCCGGGACUUCGAUCGCGACCCUGGACGCCCGCGACCGCCUCGUCGUCACGGCGGCACGCGACGCGGCGCGAUUCUGGACCCUGGACGGCGACUGGCUGCGGCAGAGCGCCUUCGAAGGCGCCGGGGCCGAGGUCGCGGCGGCGGCGGUCGGGACCGACGGGAACGCCGUCGUCCUGGACCGCGACGGAGUCGUCCACCUCGUCGACCCGUCUAGCGGGCAGGCGACGGCGCAGCUCUCGCCGCGGCAGCACGGCGAGGCGCCGUCGCGGGGCGUCUGGUGUUGCCUCGCGGCGCUCCCCGGGGGCGCGGUCGUGGCCGGCGGGCCGCUCCUCUGCGAGUGGGCCCCCGGCGGCGCCUUCGAGCGGCUGUCCGCGCCGCCGCCGCGCGCGCGCUCGCUCGUGGCGCUCCUCCGGGCCGGCUCCGACCUGCUCGCGCUCGGCGAGGACGGCCGGCUCAACGCCCUGGACGUGAGCCAGACCAGCGCCGCCGCCGCGACGCUCGCCGUCGCGCCGCGCGCCGUCGUCGUCGCGGCCGCCGCCGCCGGGGCGUCCGUCGCGGUCGCGACCGCCGACGGCGAGCUACUGCUCCUCGACCUGGCCGUCGCGCGGCGCCGCCAGCCGGUCGGUCCGACGCCGCUGCGGCGGUAUUUCCCGGCGCCCGAGCCCGCGGCGCCCGAGCCGGCGCCCGCGCCGGCGCCCGCGCCGUGGGAUUUCAAAGGCCCGCCCGCGCUCCCGCCGCCGCCGCGCCCGCGGCGGGCGGCGCCGCGCCGCGGCGCGCCCUUGCACAGGGUCGCGCGCCCGUGCGACGCCGACGCACUGACGCCCGCGCGCCUGCGGCGGGUCCUCGGCGAGGAGGGCGAGUUUCCCGCCGAGCAUCGCUCGCUAGCGUGGCGCGCGCUCCUGGACCUGCCGGAGAGGCAGGCGGCGUUCGACGCGCUCCGGUGCGGCGACGGCGGGCAGGGCGCGGCGGUCGACGCAGCCGCGCGGGCCGCGGCCGCGUGCCGGAGGCGCGCGGCCAAGCUGCCGCGGAGCAACGCGGCGACGGCGCUCGUCGAGUGCUGCGGCGCGCUCGGGCGCUGGUGCCCGGCGCUCGCCGACGCGGACUGGCUGCCGGCGGCCGUCUACCCGUUCGCGCUCGCGUUCGAGGGCGACGCGCUGUGCACCUUCGAGACGGUCGUAUGCCUCCUCGGCAAGUGGGCGCGCGGCUGGCUCGCGUGCUGGCCCGAGCCGCCGCUGCCGGCGCUGAACGCGGUCGAGCGGCUCCUCCAGAACUACGACGCCGAGGUGGCCGCGCACCUGGGCGCCCUGGGCUGCACGCCGACGGACUGGGCCUGGCCGGUGCUGCGGUCGUUCCUGUCGCGACGCGCGCGGAAAUCGGAAGACUUUCGCGGCCUUCGUCUGAAGCAACGCGGUCACGGGAACAGCGUCCCGAACUCCGGUUCCCGCGCAGGUCGGAGUGCCUGCGGAAGGAGGACUGGCUCCGGCUCUGGGACCACAUUUUGGCGCGGCCCGACCGGCCCCACCGGCUCCUGCUCGCGCCCGUCGCCGUCGCGACCGCGGCGCGGGGCCCGAUGCUCGCGGCCGAGAGCGUCCACGACGUCGUCCGCCUCGUCCGGUCGCCCCUGGCCUGCGGCAGUGCGGUCUGGCCCGAGCUGUGGGCGCUCGAGAGGCGGUGCGCGGCGGACCCGCUGCUCGCGCGCCUCGCGCGGGCCGAGCCCGACGGCGCGAAGACGACGGGCCCGGCGGCGCUGGCGCGCGGCCUCGCCAGCAUCGCCGGCGCCGCGAACGUGGCCAACGAUCGGUUUCCCAUGCCGCUGCCGCGGGGCGACUCGGUCGCCGCGUAUCCGAAGCUCGCCUACGAGCCGCGGCAGGCGACGGACAUCGCCCGCGCGGAGUUCCGCCGAGUCGCCGCCGAGCACGGCGCCUCCCGCGACCGGCGCCUCGCCGAGAACGCCGAGGCGCGGGCCGCCGAGGCCGCGGAGGAGGCCGCGAAGAAGCUCCUGGCCGACCAGGAGGCGGCCGCGCGCGCCGAGGAGGCCGCGCUGGCGCGCCAACAGGCCGAGGACGGCGCGGCCCAGUGCAUAAAUCAAACUGUCGCGACGCGUCUCCGCCACGGCUCAAUCAUGACCUCCACGCCACCGACGCGA